AUGGAUGACGUGGAAAGUGUGGUAUCUCUCACCACAGAUGACGAAGAUUGCGCCCUUUCUAAAGAGAACACUCUGAGUGAAGAAGAUUUGACACAGGAUUAUUCGACCCCAUACUCGAUCAGCUCUGAGUCUCUCGAGAAUUGGUCAAUUGUUGGUGCUGAAACUGCUACAUACACUGCACCUCCAGAAUCAAGGAUUGAUCCGAGUCGCAUGCUGGGCAGGCAAACUACAGAUGCCCUCCAUGCAGACCCGCACGAUAACUACUACGAAAAUUACGCAGUAAAAUUCAUCAACUUCAUGAAUGAGAACCCCACAACGUACCAUACAAUAUCACAUUUUAAGUCCGUCUUGGGAAACGAGGGUUUUCAAUGGCUACCACAAUCUGUGCCAAUAGAAAAGUUAGCUCCCGGCUUUUACUACACCAAUCGUUCCGACCAGUGCUUGAUAGCAUUUGUAAUUGGAGGAAAGUGGAAACCAGAAAAUGGCUCAUGUUUUGUUGGGUGCCAUUGUGAUGCCUUGAGUGUGAAAUUAAAUCCGAAGGGGCUGUUGAGGGAGAAGGUAAAAGGGUACGAGUUGCUUGGAGUUGUACCUUACUCAGGAAGCUUGAACAAGAAUUGGCUCAAUAGGGAAUUUAGUUUGGCCGGCGCUGUUUUGAUACGUGACUCUAAAACUGGAAAAGUAUCGCGAAAACUAAUCAACUCUUAUCCCAAACCAAUUGCAUUUGUACCGGAGUCCGGGUUCGCAGGUGAUGAUAAACAAUACAACAUACAGACCCAAGCCGUGCCAAUAUGCUCAUAUAUGUCGGUGGAACUAGAGCCAACGGAGGAAGAAAAGCAAUCCAAAUUUUAUAAGCGUCACCCAUUAAGCUUGCUUCGGUACAUAUGUCAACUAUCUGGAGUCACCUUGGAGUCUAUCGUGGACAUUGAUUUGGAUUUGGUUGAUGCUCAUCCCAGUUGCAGAGGCGGCCUCGAGAAUGAGUUUAUAUAUCUGGCCAGCUUGGAUGAUAGGUUAUGCGCAUUCGAUUCGAUCUAUGGGUUGCUUGAGUUUUCCCAACAAUUUCUCAAUGGUGCUAGUAUUGAUGAUUACGAUGGCCUCAGUGGAGUUUACUUGGCAAAUAACGAAGAAAUUGGAAGCUUGACGUCAACCGGUGCGUUUGGUGGGUUUCUAAUUGAUAAUUUAAAGUCGUUGGUGUCCGGUAAAUGCAAUGGACAACACAUCGAGGAGAAAACAGCAAGAUUGAUCAAAAAUACAGUACUCCUAUCCAGCGACGUCACACACGCUUUCAACCCUAAUUUUAGAGAGGUCUAUUUGAAAAGAAACUACCCAUUGCCCAAUGUGGGUCCUUCGAUAAAGUUUGAUUCGAACGGCCAUGUAUUGAGUGACAGUUUGGGUAAAGAAUUUUUGGAUAGAGUAGUGAAGGAUUUGCUAGGAAUCAGAUUACAAGAGUUUCAUAUAAGAAACGAUUCGCGAUCUGGAGGAACAAUCGGUCCCAUAAUGUCAGACGCAAGACGAGGAUUAAACGGAGCAAAACUCAUCAUAGAUGUUGGUAUGCCAAUUUUGAGCAUGCAUUCAAUAAGAAGUGUUAUGGGGUAUAAGGAUGUGGGCAUAGGUGUUCUCUUCUUCAAGGAGGUGUUUUUGAAAUGGAAGGAUGCCCUUGACGGUAUGAAGAUAUAG